CCCUCCCCGCGUUCUCCUGCCUGGCCCGGUCGGUGUCUCUUUAAGCGGCCGCGGGGGGGAGGCAGGGCUCGGCCGCCUGACAAUGGGCCGGCGGGGCAGCCGAAUCGGAGCAAGUUGGCGGCGUGGCGGCAGCUGCUGCUGCUUUGCCGGGCGGACCGCGCCGAAUUGAGCAAGCCGCGGAGAGGCGGCAGCAAGAACAGCCUAUGAGCCGUGGUGGCGCGCGGGCGGGCUGGCUGGCUGGCUGAGUCCGGCGGGCUGUGGCUGUCCGGGGCGCAGAGUUGCUUUGCCCCCCCCCCUCGCCUUGGUCCUCCUUAACGCCGCCCCCGCCCUCUCCGCGGUUGGGGGCUGGUCCCGGGAGCCGGUCCGCCCCCGUGCUGCUCGCCGCGCGCCCCACGGAGCCGCUUUCUCCCGCUGGAUGCGUCCCCGCAGGAGCUGAGCCAUGCGGCCGCGGCUCCCGCUCUGGCUCCGGAGCCUGCUCUGCUGCUGGCCGGCGUUCGUGGCGCCAACUUCAGGCUCUCGCCCUCGCCUUGAAGACUCAUCUCCACGGAUAGUAGAGCACCCUUCCGAUCUCAUUGUGUCCAAAGGGGAGCCGGCAACAUUAAACUGCAAAGCGGAAGGACGGCCCACUCCAAUCAUUGAGUGGUACAAAGAUGGGGAGCGAGUCGAAACAGACCGAGAAGAUCCCCGGUCCCACCGCAUGUUGCUGCCGAGUGGCUCUCUCUUCUUUCUGCGCAUCGUGCAUGGAAGAAGGAGCAAGCCAGAUGAGGGAGUGUACGUCUGUGUGGCCCGGAACUACCUGGGUGAGGCUGCCAGCAGGAAUGCAUCUCUGGAGGUAGCCAUCUUGAGAGAUGACUUCCGCCAGGCUCCCAGUGAUGUUGUGGUAGCAGCUGGAGAGCCAGCUGUGAUGGAAUGCAUCCCACCAAGAGGGCAUCCAGAGCCCACCAUCUCCUGGAAGAAGAACAACGUCCGAAUCAGUGAUAAGGAGGAGCGUAUUACGAUUCGCGGUGGGAAGCUGAUGAUGUCCAACACAAGGAAGAGUGACGCUGGCAUGUACAUCUGCGUGGCCACCAACAUGGUGGGCGAACGGGACAGUGAGCCGGCAGAACUGGUAGUAUUUGAGCGCCCCACAUUCAUCAAGAGACCCAUAAAUCAAGUGGUGCUCGCAGAAGAUACUGUGAAUUUCCACUGCGAAGUACAGGGGGACCCUGUACCAACGUCUCGCUGGCGUAAGGAGGAAGGGGAACUUCCUCGAGGGAGAUCAGAGAUUCAGAACGAUAACACACUGCGCAUCAUUCGUGUGAGUGCGGAAGAUGAAGGCACCUACACCUGUGUGGCAGAGAACAGUGUGGGCAAAUCAGAAGCAUCUGGCUCCCUUAGUGUCCAUGUUGGCCCAUUCCUUCCUCCUCAGUUAGUGACCCGGCCUCGAGACCAGAUUGUAACACAAGGCCGCACUGUGACAUUUCAGUGCGAGACCAAAGGAAACCCACCACCAGCCGUCUUCUGGCAGAAGGAAGGGAGCCAGAUCCUGCUUUUCCCCAGCCAGCCUCCUCAAGCCAUGGGGCGUUUUUCUGUCUCUCCAAGCGGCGAGAUGACCAUCAUGGAUGUGCAGACUUCUGACUCGGGAUACUACAUGUGCCAGGCCAUCAGCGUGGCUGGAAGCAUCCUGGCCAAAGCUCUCCUGGAGGUGGAAGAUGUAACAUCAGAUCGCAUUCCACCCAUCAUUCGCCGAGGACCAACCAAUCAAACCCUUGCUAUAGAUUCUACAGCGCAGCUGCAGUGUCAUGUGACCGGAAACCCCCUACCCAGCAUCCAGUGGCUAAAAGAUGGACAAAGGAUUGUGGGCAGUGACCCAAGAGUCAGUCUGUUAGACAAUGGAACUCUACAGAUUACAAACCUACAGGUUUCGGACUCCGGACUAUACGUUUGUGUUGCAACAAGCUCCACUGGUGAGACAACGUGGAAUGGGUUUCUGGCAGUGCAAGAAAACGGGGCUGACCUCCAGAUGAAGGUCCCAGAGCCAAGCCUUCUCCCAGGACCGCCAUCUGCUCCUCUAGUCAUUGAUGUCACUAAGAACAGUGUCGCUUUGAUUUGGAAGCCAAACCCUGUGAGCGGAGGAGCUGCAGUCAGUUCUUACAUCAUUGAAGCAUUCAGUCAGUCAUCAGGGAGCACGUGGCAGACAGUGGCCAAUAACGUAAAGGUGGAGAAGCACACAGUCAGUGGCCUGAACCCCAACACCAUUUACCUCUUCCUCAUACGGGCUGUUAAUACGUAUGGCCUGAGCGACCCCAGCCCUGUCUCGGAGCCGGUCCGUACGCAAGAUGUGAGUCCCACCCGGCAGGGAGUCGAUCACAGGCAGGUGCAAAAGGAACUCGGCGAGGUUGUGGUUCAGCUGCAGGAGCCUGUCAUUCUCACGUCUACAACCAUCCAAGUCACCUGGACUGUGGACCGCCAGGCUCAGUUCAUCCAAGGCUACCGAGUGAUGUACCGACCCAAGAACAGUGCCUGGCUGGUGCAAGAUGUCAAGUCACCCGCUGAACGAAGCACUGUCCUAAUAGAGCUGCACAAGGGGCAGGAAUAUGAGAUCAAACUCCGCCCAUAUUUUGAUGAGUUCCAGGGCAUGGACAGUGAAGUGCUGCUAGUGCGCACGCCAGAAGAAGCUCCCAGUGCUCCCCCUCAGGCAGUUACCGUAGUAACUGUGGGGAGCAGCAACAGUACCAGUAUCAGUGUAUCGUGGGAGCCGCCACCUCCUGAAGAUCAGAAUGGCAUCAUCCAGGAUUACCGGGUUUGGUGUCUAGGCAAUGAGUCUCGUUACCACAUCAACAAGACAGUGGACGGCAUGUUGCGAUCCACAGUCUUGCAGGGCCUGGUACCAGGCAUGCUGUACCGCACAGAGGUGGCCGCAGCCACCAGCGCAGGAGUCGGUGUGAGGAGUGCCCCUGUCACCAUACAAAUCAAGCCCUUGCCGGACCAGGACUUGGUGACCGUGAGCAACGGGGACAGCGUGAGCCUUGCUGAGCAGAUCACCGACGUGGUGAAGCAGCCGGCUUUCAUUGCUGGCAUCGGAGGGGCCUGCUGGGUCAUCCUGAUGUGCUUCAGUGUGUGGAUCUACUGUCGCCGGAAGAAGAGGAAGGAGCUGAGUCACUACACAGCCUCCUUUGCCUACACGCCAGCAGUCUCUUUCCCCCAUGCGGAUGGACCGGCACGGGGCAGUGGCAGCAGGCCUGGUAUGCUGGCCAUGGCCUCGAGUAACUCCAGCUAUCCAUGGCUGGCAGACUCAUGGCCGGCCCCAAAUCUGCUCCGUAACGGGAAGGCAAAGGAACCCGGAGUGGCCUGCUGCACAGGAAACCACAACGCCACAGAAAGAUAUUAUAAUGAUGCCGGCAUUUCCAACUACAUCGCACAGACCGAGAAAUUUGGAACGGGAGUAUCUGAUGGGCCCAUUUACAGCACCAUUGACCCUGCCAGUGAUGACAUGAGGACAUUCAAUGGGGCAUUUUCCCAGCACACCACGCCUUAUGCCACGACACCUGUAGUACCGUAUGGGGCAACACAUUUACAUUCGCCUGACGAAGAGGAGAGCCAGUGGAACGCCCCUCCGGGAAUCUCCAGCAUCCAGUAUGCUCAGCCCGAGCGGGGCAGGGCUGAGAGCGUUUCUAAGCCUGGGAAACAGAAGUUGAUGGGAAAGCCGGUGAAGACACCAUCCUUGAACUGGACCGAAGUGCUCCCUCCACCGCCUUCUGCUAGUGAACUGAGUCAGUAUGCGGAAGAAGAUGAGGAUCAGGAGGACCUAGAAGUCAGUUCACUCCCUGUUUGUAGUUCAGGGGUAGAGGAGUGGUGCCCACCCCUGCCAGAGAGGACGUACCUGAUGGAGAACAUCCAGGAAGAGGAGUGUCCUCCUCCCCCACCUCGUGGAGAUGCCUCUUCUCCCGCUAAUUCCUAUGGGCAGCAGUCCACAGCCACGUUGACCCCCUCGCCCCGAGAUGAGAUGAAAACAUCUGAGGACAUCCCCAGGCUACACCACUUUGAGAUUCCACACCUGCCCAGGCGGUUACCCAAUGGCUCGGGGCCUUCACCCAGGGCCUUGAGUCCUCCCUUGACUCAGUCCAACCCAAACCUAAAUGUGCUCGAAGAGGGACCCGAAGGCAGCGCUCCCAAGCAAGGUCAUCGACGUAACCUGAGCCAGACUCCAGCACACAGUGCCGAGAAUGUUGACUCCCCAGGAAUAGGAAAACCUCAGCCCAGCCCAGGAGACAUGCCUCUCCCUCCAGGGCAGAAAGCAAAAGGCAAGAAGAAAUCCAAGUCUAGCCACUACCGUCGAGAGAAGAAACAGGGAGAUCUCCCACCACCUCCCUUGCCACCUCCUGCAGAAGACCUCACCUGUCCAGUUCCGGACAGUACAACGCGACUGGCCUGCAACACCUCCUCUCUGGAGAAGGACCUGAAUGGUGCCUCAGUCAUGGAGCGGAAGGUCACUCCUCGCACAGUGCCAGGACAGCACUACCAUCACCACCGAGACGAGGAGGAAAUCAUCCCGUACAGCAAGCCCAGCUUUCUCUCCCGAAGCCAAGUGUCAAGCAAUUGCUCCACAACAGGAAGCUCUUCUUCCAGGGGGUCAACAGGAUCUAGAGGUCACGGGUCAGGACGCAGCCGGACAACAGGGGAUCGCAGCGAAGAAAAGAGAUGAAACCAAACGGAGUCGGCAUGAGCCGAGCAAGGCCUACAGACCCGGCACACGGUGGACUUUGGGCUGGGGGGGUUCUCGUGCUACUAAUUUAUAACCUUCCGAAAGGAGCCGCAUGGCCUGGCCCCUUGUAAAUACCUUUGCUCUCAGGAGCCGAGGAAGCUGUAUUUAUGAACCAGGAAAAAGGGAUGUCCGAGCCUGUGGGCCUGUUUUUGGAAAAAUGUUGGCAUUUUUGCAAGUGGAGGGAUUGUGCCCAGUGGGAGGGGGGAUGGGAGAUGGUGGCAGGGGAAGGGGGUUUGACUGGGGUCAGCCCACACCGGAUGGGCACCAAGAGCAGGCCAGCCGCCUAAGCAUACGCUCCAAUACUGCCCAGGCGCUCCGCCUUUGUCCGCCCCGAGGCAGGGAGCAGCAGGUGUUUCUUUGGUAGAUCUCAAACCCUUUUGUAAAAUGACCAAUAAAGCUGUUUGUUAACCUGGA